UCGGGGGUUUAAUGGAUGGGACGACUGCCAAGCGUGCGUGUAAGCGGGAUGGACAGGGGGGGGGGCGAUGAAGCGAUCUUCAUCCGAGGGAGGGCGCAAACCCCAAGGGCCGGAGAACGGGCUUGGCGGAGGAGGGGGGAGGGAAGCGGGGGGCGGGGGAAGGGAAGGGGGAGGGGGAGGUGGAAGGGUGACCUUGGGGGGAGGACACGGCAGCUGUGAUGGCCCCGGAGGCUGUCGACUACUAGCGACCGGUCCUCCUCCGACUUCUUCUUCGGCAUCUUCGACGACCGGAGGCGGGACAGGGGAAGGCGGAGAGCCCGAGGCCGGCGAUGGCGUCGACGCCGAGCAUGUCGGUGGGGGAUCUGGCGAUGGUGGCGGAGAGGAAGAUGGAGAAGCGCUUUGUCCCGACCCGGAAUUGGGCGGCGCCGCCGCCGGAGGAUCAUUGCAUGAAGACGGGGUAGAGCUUUCUGGAGAUGGCGACGCAGUCCCCGGCGUCUGACGGAGGCGGCGAGCUCGGCAAUGGUGGGGCCGGUGGCUGGGGUGCAACAGCGCUCGCUUCUUCCCCGUCCUGCCCCACCAUUCCAGGUCAUCAGUUGCCGCUUACACGUGUCCAAUCGAGCAUCGCCGAUUCCACACCGGCUACGAGCCAGCGACUCGCGACCGCAACCCCGCGCUUGCAACAUUUAAUGGCCGCCGGCGAAUCUGGACCGUUCGACGGCUAGAUUCGGCGUCGAUCGGCGACUGCCAAGCACUGCAAGCGGCGCCGAAAGGGACGGGGGCAGAGAGCAGCAGCGGCAGCACGGGUGCCGUCGCAGCAGCGCAAAGGAUUCGCUCGCGCGGUAUUCACGGCGGCGCACGAAGCCGACAAAACUCGUACAGCCAGGCAAAACCAAACCAUAGCAGAAGGAAGCGGAGCACAGCUGAGCCGAUGGAUGCGCGCCCGGCUCCCCCUGCCCCCCGCGCAACAGGCGCCACAACGGAAACAACGGGAAACACACAGUUCAGAGCGAAUGAGACGGGAGAAAGCGGCAGGCAGCUCGGUGGCCGCCAGAACGGCGGCGAAGGCGUUCACGUAUGCAUGGCCGUCCCCCCACCGGCGCGCAGUGGUGCGCGGCGCGCUGCGCGCCAGCCCGACGUGAGCGAAGUCGCUUCGAGCAGCCGCCUCCUUUAGGAAGGCGGCUACUCUUUCAGGAAAGUAAUGAAUCGCCGCCGGAUCG